AUGUUUCACGAAAACAUCUUAACAAUUCAUGAUAAUCUCGGGUAUAAUUUACUUCAAAAAAGUGUUGGACUUAAUCACAUCGAACUUGUUAAAUGGAUUCUAGCUCGACCACAUACUGAUGUCAAUCGUUUUCCUUGUUCACUUCCACUUCACAUAGCUUGUGUUAAAGGCAACAUUGAAUGUGUUGAGUUGUUGUUAAAACACGGUGCAAGAUUAGACACAGAGGCACGAAUGUGCUUUCCCUGUUUGCAUUCACAUAAUUGUGAAGAAGUUGGGAAAUAUAAAGGUGAACCCGAUAGUGUCGUCUGUGAUCGACCAACAACAAAACUUCAAAACUGCGUCAGUUAUGCUAUCGAUGGUGAUCAAAUAAAUGUUCUGAAUAUUUUAUCGCAAAAGAUGGAAGAGCCAUGGGGCGUGUUAUUUCGAGGUAGAAAACCAUUACUGCAUUUAGCUUGUGAACGGGGUGCAUGGAAAUGCGUUCAACAAUUAGUUACCACUCGAUCCGAUGAAAUAAAUCUCAUGAAAGAUGAAUUCUACCCAAUUCAUCAAGCAGUUUUACACGAUGGAAAGUUUCUUGAGUUACUUAUUCAACAUGAAGCUAUUACAACGGUUAGAACGUCAACACAACAAAUGACACUUCUUCAUGUUGUCAUUCUUACAGCAAGAAAAUCAGCUGACGAUACGCUUAAUACUAUUAGAAUCUUAUUGGAACGUGGCUGUAAAGACUUAAUUAAUGAACCUGAUUACUUGGGCAACACUCCACUCCACGCUGUUAUUGUGAGAUAUGCGCUUGAAGAAGCUCGUUAUGGAUACGAUAAAUGGAGUAAAUAUGACAUCCUUAAUUUAGUCAGAUUCAUUCUUCAAAAUGGAGCAAAGCAAAGUAUCAAUCAACCAGGGAAUAGCGCAUUGGCUUGCGUUUUUCGUCAUAUUCGUGAUUGGGAAGUUUGCUAUGAGCUUGUGAAUAUGCUGAUUAAAGAAGAUGGAGAUCCUAAUAUUGUUGGUAGAGAUGGUUCAGUUCCUUUGAUGGUGUGUUUAGUUCCAUUAAUUAACAAAGAUCCGCUUCAUUCUUUUACUCAUACAAUGAAGGUAUUUUAUCUUAAUUGUAUUCGGAUUCUGUUACAACAUGGCGCAAAUCCAAACUGUUCCUAUCGUUCCAAUUUGACGCCUCUUCAUGUUCUCAUAUUUACAGUUAGUGAAAAUUUCACUGUCAGUGUUAAUUGUGAUAUUCAAAAGCGUGCAAAUUUUGACUUUAUUAAAAAUAUUCUACUUCUUCUUUUACAACACGGAUUGGAUUGUAAUCUGACAUCACAACACAUUUUACAAUCAAUCAUGGAAAUGGUUCAAAAUGUUCGAACUGUUUCAACUGAUAUUCUUUGUAUUUAUGAAUUAACUCUUACAAUCCUACAAUAUGGAGCUGAUCCAAAUGUGAUUUUAAAUAGCAAGCAAGUAUCUGGAUCGAUGACAGCUGUAAGUGAAGCAUUAGCUAGUAGCAGUAGUCAAAUGCGACAUUUAGCAGCACCAGAGAACAACCUCAACAACGAUAAUAUGAGAAAUUCGUUCCGAAAUAAUGCAAGAAAUUAUAUUCUAUUUUACUAUAUCAUGCUCAUUACCAGAAAAGAAUUUAUUCUUACUCAACCUGAUCGUCAUUAUACGAAAAUUAUUUAUCUUUUCUACUACACCAUGCGCCAUGAAGUGCUCUAUAGUUGUCUCAAAAGUCUUCAUAAUCUUUUCAUUGUCCAAGUACCAAACAAAUCCACAGAACAUUUAUUUAAUUUAAUAUCGCAGCUCUAUCGUAAGCCGCGAAGUCUUAAAGAAAUAUGUCGUGUGACAAUUUAUGAGAGCUUAAAUCGAAAACUAGCCAACAAUAUCAAUCGCUUAAAUAUGCCAUUACCAAUUAAAGAUUAUGUCUUGAAUUUUGAACAGUGA